UCGGGAUGCAUUCGGAUUGCCGGCUGGUGCGCAGGAGACGCGGGGUAUGGUGAGCAGCCCGGAGCGCCCGCUCCCCCCGGGGACCCGGCAGGCGGUGGCCUCCCUCCUGCUGCUCCUGUUGCUCCGGCGGGACGCGGCCGCUCAGAAAGGUGAUGGAUGUGGACAUACCGUUUUAGGUCCUGAAAGUGGAACUUUUACAUCAAUUAACUACCCGCACGCCUAUCCCAACAUCACAGUGUGUGAAUGGGAGAUUCGAGUAAAGCCUGAGCAGAGAGUUCAGCUCAAAUUUGGGGAUUUUGAUAUUGAUAAUUCAGAUUCUUGCCAUUCUAGUUAUGUGAGAGUUUAUAAUGGAAUUGGACCCACAAGGACUGAGAUCGGAAAAUACUGUGGCUUAGGCCUACAGAUGGACAAUUUAAAUGAAUCAAAGAGUAAUGAAGUUACAGUACAGUUCAUGAGUGGCACGCAGCUUUAUGGACAUGGAUUUCUUGCAUCCUAUUCAACCACUGACAAACCAGAUUUAAUAACAUGUUUAGACACUGCAAGUCACUUUUCUGAGCCAGAAUUCAGUAAAUAUUGUCCAGCUGGAUGUGUACUUCCUUUUGUUGAAAUUUCUGGGACUGUUCCUCAUGGCUAUAGAGAUUCAUCCUCACUUUGUAUGGCUGGUGUGCAUGCAGGAGUGGUGUCCAAUGUUCUGGGAGGUCAGAUCAAUGUUGUAAUCAGCAAAGGCAUUCCGUAUUAUGAGAGUUCUCUGGCUAACAAUGUCACAUCAAAAGUAGGACAACUGUCUUCAAGUCUCUUCACUUUCAAAACUACUGGUUGCUAUGGGACACUGGGAAUGGAGUCUGGAGUAAUUGCUGAUUUUCAGAUUAAUGCGUCAUCAUUCCUAGAAUGGCCUGAGCACAUGGGUCAGCCAAGCACCUGGAAGCCAGACAGAGCCAGACUGAAAAGGCCUGGACACUCUUGGGCAGCUUUUACUAAUGAUGAAUAUCAGUGGUUGCAAAUAGACCUAAACAAAGAGCAGCGAAUAACAGGUAUCAUUACUACUGGCUCCACCUUAGCAGAGUACCAUUAUUAUGUCUCUGCCUAUAGGAUUCUUUACAGCAAUGAUGUACAGAAGUGGACAGUGUACAGAGAACCUGGUGUCGAGAGGGAUAAGGUAUUUCAAGGCAACACUGGCUAUUAUCAAGAAGUUCGCAAUAACUUCAUUCCACCCAUUAUUGCUCGUUUUGUUAGAAUCAACCCUUUGAAGUGGCACCAGAAAAUUGCAAUGAAAGUGGAAUUGCUAGGAUGUCAGUUUAGCAUUGUUCGAGCUCCGAGACCUACAGUACCCCUACCGCCCAGGAGCAGCAAUGAUUAUUCCUUGCAAACUGAUAAAACAACCUUCACUCCCAAGAUCAAGAACACUACAGUAACUCCAAGUGUAACCAAAGAUGUGGCAUUGGUAGCUGUUCUGGUUCCUGUGUUGGUCAUGGUCUUUACCACCCUCAUCUUGAUCUUAGUUUGUGCCUGGCACUGGAGAAACAGAAAGAGAAAAUCAGAAGGGACGUAUGACAUACCAUAUUGGGAUCGUGCAGGUUGGUGGAAAGGAAUGAAGCAGUUUCUACCUGCCAAGUCUGCAGAGCAUGAAGAAACACCUGUUCGUUAUAGCAGCAGUGAAGUUAGUUGCCUUAGAUCAAGAGAAGUUACAACUAUGUUACAAACUCAGUCUGCAGAGUAUGCGCAGCCCCUUGUGGGAGGAAUUGUUGGUACCCUUCAUCAGAGGUCAACCUUUAAACCAGAAGAAGGAAAAGAAACAAGCUAUGCAGACAUGGAUCCUUACAACUCACCAGAACAAGAGAUUUAUCAUGCCUAUGCUGAACCGUUACCAAUAACCGGACCAGAAUAUGCAACACCAAUAGUGAUGGAUAUGUCAGGUCAUCCUGCAGCUCCUCCAGGCAUUUCUUCUGUUUCUACUUUCAAGGCUUCAGGGAAUCAACCCCCUCCCAUAGUGGGAGCUUACAACAAACUUGUCUCCAGAGCAGAUAGUUCAUCACCUCCCCAUGUACUCUAUGAUACACCCAAGGGGAUGCCUGGACUCAAUCCCUCAGAUGAAUUGGUAUAUCAGGUACCACAGAACAUGUCACAUUCAACAGGAAAUAAAGAAGAAGUCAGUUAGGGAAAGUGUCUUCAAAAAAUUAAACCUUUUAGAGAUGACUUUUUAAAUCCUUUGGAGAUUUUUUUUAUUAUUAAAAAAAAAAAUGUGAGGCUUCAGGCCCAGAAAAAUGAGUUAAGUCACCCCUUUGAGGUUCUAUUUGCAACUACUGCUUUUUCUGUUCAU